AACCAUGUCGUCUUCAUUCUCUCAUUUCCAUAGCAACACCCUCUUAAAACCCCUCUCUCCCUGCCAAUUCUCACUCUUAUAGGUCAACAAACAUGCUCAAAUCCAUCAUUAGAUUGGCAGUAUCCGCAAAAAAUCAAUCAAACCUAAAAAAUGCCCUAAUCCCUGCAACUAUCAAUAUCCAAUCAUCAAAUUAUGCAUCAAAAACUCCCAAAAAGAAAUCAGUAAACCCAAAACAAGCUCAGAAAUCAAAAAAGAAAAAUGAAAUCAAUACUAAAUCCGAUGACAAUUUCGUUUCAGACGAAGCAACUAUUUCCGUUGAAGAAGAAUCACGUUCUCGUCAUCUUGCUGAAGAUGUUAAUAAUAAGGCACUUGAUGUUGGCCCUAAUGGUCGUCCUUUGUUUACAAAAACUCAAACUCUUUCUCAACUCGAUAGAAAAGAUGUUUGUUCUUACAUGUCCUUUGAUAUGGAAGCAUUGAAUGCAACUUUACCAGAAGGAUUACCAACAGGAAUGGCAAAGGAGUUUGAAGAAUCCAAAAGGACUGCAUUGCUAAUUCGGCAGAGUUUCUUGGAUCUUCGUGACAAUUACAGGCGCAUUGUUGAUCCUCCCUUGCAAUCAUCUAGUGAUAGGAAACCCCGGAAGCAGAUUUUACUGGAUGGUCCAGUUAGUUCAGGGAAAAGUAUUGCUCUUGCUAUGCUGAUCCACUGGGCUCGUGAGGAAGGUUGGUUGGUGUUUUAUGUCCCGGAAGGUAAAACAUGGACUCAUGGAGGAUUCUUUUAUAAGAAUGAACAAACUGAUCUUUGGGAUACUCCUUUGCAAGCUACAAAUAUUCUCCAGGAUUUCCUUAAAUACAAUGAAUCUCGCUUGCAACAAUUACCUUGUCAUAUAUUUGAUGCUAUUCCAUUGGGAGAGGGUGCUGGUGUUGGAAAAAGGAGAGGGGUUGAUUCAAUGGCGAUACCUGAAGGUUCCACUCUGUACGACUUGAUUCAAACAGGAAUUUCUCAUACACAUUCUUCUGUUGGAGUUUUAGUACGUCUGCGGGAAGAAUUAUCACUUGUUAAGGAUGUUCCUGUGCUUUUUGCAAUUGAUCAAUAUAAUAGCUGGUACACAUUCAGCGAGUUUGAAGAAGCAGUGACAGCUCGGUCAACGAAUCCAAUUCACGCUAACAAAAUUGCAACGGUGAGUGUAUAUCGGCCCAUGACGCACAAUGACAUGAUGGUGGGGGCUUUUUCCAAUUCAACAGCAGUUGGUAAGUUACGAAGGGACCUGCCGAAUGUACCAACAGAUGCUCGUGUAGACUUUCCUCGUUAUGGCUUAGACGAAGCUGCAACGGUUUGCCAUUACUAUCUCAGGCAAAGACUGAUCAUGCGUGAGGCAUUCUCGGAAGAAAAAUGGAAGAAGAUUUACUACUUGGCUAAUGGAAAUGGUUCAGAGAUGAGAUGGUUAGCUCCCCUUAUUAGAUAACCAGUCUAAUCAUGCGACUCGAUAACUUGGCACACCCCACUUCUUGGGUGUUCUCACCUCAUCAAUUGGUUCCAUAGGACAGGUCAAUAUUACGAAUGGUUAGAUCUAUAUUUCCGUCAGAUCUGGAGCAGAAAUGGUUAAACAUGCCCCUUGUGGUAAAGCUACCAUCUUUGCCAAGGGGCUGGUGCUGGAGGCCAUAUUCGUCUCUUUCUGACCUUUGCCAGUUAAAACGAAUUUGAAUUGCAUUUUUUAUGUCGAAAACACCUUGGAGAAAUUUUGUACCUCUGGUAGUCUGCAGCUAUGAACCAGAGUUUUAUUUUUCAGAGAGAACAGUAUUGUGUUGUCUCAUUUUGUUCUUCCCUGUUUUUAUAUUUUAGAGAGAACAGUAUUGUGUUGUCUCAUUGUGUUCUUUUGCUGCAUCUUUUCCUUUUUUUUCUUUCUAGAUUAAGCAAAUUGUGUUACCCAGAGACGUGUAUUGAGGUUAGGAAAUUUGUUGAAAUAAAAUACCAUCUUAACUGC